AUGGCUGAUUCAUACCAGCAGACUGAAAUUGUUUCCAGGUCUCAUUAUGAUGAGAGAGUUUGGUUGCGGGGCACCCUUGGCUUCAAGAGCACGCACACAGCACCUUAUCCUAUCAUGACCAGGACUGUCCUCAUCGUCUUCAUGUUGCUUGCCCUGGUACAGCACCGAUGGGCGCGUUCAACCUCAUGGGGGGAGGCAGAGGAAGCAGAUCGAUCCGUGGGAUACACAAGGUGGAGAGAUAGCUCAUGGAUGGGAAGAAGGCAAGAGGAGACUCGAGAGGCGCUGCGAGGAGGACUGCAGUGCGGCACCCUUGACCUGAACAGCCCUCUGACCUCCAAGUCAAAGUUCACCUCGCUCGAGAAGCUCAUCUUCCUGGCGUCAAGCUCCAGCAGCUUCUCGUGGUGUGCAUGCUCUGUUGGUAUAUGCCAGAAACUUGGUGGACGGGUAGAGUGGGUGUUGUCGAAAGUCGCACAAGAGCCAAGCAAGUUGAGCGUUGAAGGAGCGUCGAAUGAGGAGAAACAAGCUGUCAAGAGAACGCUAUCAGAUCUUGACGAGCCUCCCAAAUCUCCCGACGCAACUCCAUCAAGAUCGUCAACUGCAGCUACCGCAGAAGUCAAACGUCAGAAGUUGACUCACGAGGGUUUCGAUGUGGGACUACAAGGAAACAGCACCCGCGUCCUCCCUCCAUACUAUCUCAACUCUCAACCUCCCUCAAAACAGCAGCUGCCUAGCAACAUCACUGAUGCUGCGAGGGCCAACGGAACUGUUCUGAAGGAGUACAGACCCCUUGACAUUCUGCAUGAGAGGGUUGUGAACUUGUCGAUACCCAAGCACGGAACAUCUACAGCAGCGUCGUCAGCCAGACCGUUCGACAAAAUCUGCUCAAAGAUUGCCAAGGUCGCCAAGAAAAGUGCCACAUCGAGUUAUCAGAUCUUGUCAGACGAUUUCACCAACGAACAAACUGCCAGCGCAAACGUGCCCGACGGCGCAGAGGUCUGUGAGAGUCCAGAAGAUGAAGCGAAGAUGCUGCUGCCGCCGCUGCCACGAGUCCCUGAGGGCCAGUGGUUCUGCGGAGGUUGCCUGCGAGCCAUGCAGGAUGGAAAUUGGGGUGGAAAGUGGGCCGUUCAGAGCCGAGAAAGAGGUUUCCAAGCUCAAGAUGAAGACAGCUCAAGCACUUCAUCCGCUAAAGUCGUCCAAAGUCAGACGCAUGUCAACAGGAAUUCAAAGUCCUCUCCUAACAAGUAUGUUCCCCUCACAGCCAACUUGAUCAGGAAGUUCCUUGGAAACGCCACGACCUUCUGCAGUGUUGAUCAGAUCACAAGGAACAGGGACAAGAUGUUGUCAGCUAACAGACAGCCUGUUCGAGAGACGUCAACAACACUUUCCGACCCUCCUGCUACACCUUCUAGUUUGCUCAAAAGUCAGUUCGACCCGGGAGAUGGUGCGGAAGAGGUACAGAAUUUUGUCAUGCGGGCAGCUGAGCUGAGCUGA